UCCAACCUCAAAAGAAAACGAACAUUUGCUUCUUCUACGUUCUACUAGUCAAAAAAGUGCAAAAAUCAUCUACGAACUGUCUGAAACUAGAACUGUCUUGAACACUGCCAACAUAAGUGAAAAUAAUUUAUGAUAUAAAUAUAGAACUCGUUGAUUCUGCAUAGUGCUACCCAAAAAAAUCUGGAUAAUCUCGUCGUUACGCAACACGCAGAACAUCAUAAACAUCAACCCUCGAUAACUCAUCUAACUGCGGAUCGGAACCAAGAGUGAAAAUAUAUAUAGGACAAAGAGAUCAAAAUAAAAUAGCGAGAAAACCCCAAGAUGGCUGCCCUUAUUGUACAACGCUGUAAUACAGCCGCACGUGCCGUAUGCAAGUUGUAUGUGGCCACAACAUCCACCCAUACAGCAUUUCUAGCGCGAACCAUCACAACCACCAACCGGCUACAUAUUCAAAACAACACAACCAACCAUGGCAAGAGCAAACAGCUGUCUUCGUCCGAUAUCAAGAAGAUACCGGAUAGUGAGGUUCGAAAAUCGGUUUUUAUCUCGCAGUCCAACGACAUCUACUCCAAUCUUGCUCUUGAGGAUUGGAUCUAUCGGAACUUUGACUUUGCCCAUCACCACAUCCUCAUGCUAUGGAUCAACUCGCCCACGGUGGUGAUUGGUCGGCACCAGAAUCCUUUUGCCGAGGCCAAUGUAUCCGCUUUGAUGCGCAAUGGGGUGGAGCUGGCACGGCGGAACAGCGGCGGCGGGGCAGUGUACCACGAUUUGGGCAAUUUGAACUGCACCUUCUUCACACCACGUGCUCGCUACGAUCGGAAGUACAAUUUGAAUCUUAUCACGCGGGCUCUGUACCGGGAGUACGGCAUCAGUGCGGACAUUUCCGACCGGGACGACAUCACACUGAUGGGUAAAAAGAUCUCCGGUACCGCUGCCAAACUGGGUCAGCCUAAUGCUUAUCACCACUGCACCCUGCUGGUCAACUCGAAUAAACUGCAUCUGGGCGAAUCGCUAGUCAAAGACAACGCCGAAGUAAUCAGCAAGGCCACCGCUUCCGUGCCGUCGCCUAUCAAAAACCUAGCCGACGCGAACCGCACCGUGAACAUCCAGCAGCUCUUAUCGGCCAUUGGAUACGAAUUUCUGCGCACGCCGGCCACUCAACUUACGGAUGGCGGACGUGACCUGUUAAUGAAGCAGCUCGGUUUCCAGCUCAUUAACCCCACCGAAAAGUGGUUCCCCGGUAUCGGUGAACUGCGCGCGAACUUUGCCUCGUGGGAUUGGCGCAUCGGCAAGACACCCAAGUUCUCCGUCCAGAAGAGCAUUCAGCUCAAAUCGGAAGGAGACGAGCAGUCCCAACCGCAACAGGAGAUGAAAGUCAAGGUAGAUGUGGAGAAGGGUCUUAUCCAAGAUAUCAGCCUCCUCGUACCGGGACAGGAACCAAUUCCAGUUGUAUCGAAUCUGGUGGGUCAGCCGUACAUGGAGGACAGCUUCAAUGGAAUCCUGGACGCCAUGAAAGGUGCAAACACUGAUAACCUGAAACACGCAAUGGGUUUGUGAAAUAUGGGCAAACCUCGUCCCACUGACGAAUGAAAGCUACGUUUGCCUAUUAUUGUGUAGCCCAGUCGAGUUGCGUUUUGAACCCCAAGUGUGCGUUAGCAAGUGCAAUGAUUCAUCGAAUUCCGUAUUUCUUCAAACGAAGCAACAAACAACUCAGGAUAAAGGAGCCGGCUGGCCUGGUUGGUCAUUCAGAACGUGCUUACAAUUGUUUAUCGAAAAUGGCCUUCGAGGGGUUAAAGAGUGCGGCCAUUUGAAAUGUAGAUUAGGCUGGUUGCACCGCAAACAUCGAGGGGCGCGGACGUUUAAUUUUCAUUCGUGUUACCAGGCACACGACCGUUCUUUACAUCGGAACCGAUUUCUUGUGUUUAGUUCCAUUUUUAAAACUCGACUUCCUCAGUUUUCGUUCGAUCGUCCGUGACCGGCAAUAAUCAACGUGCUAAUCAUUUUCAUGUUUCUUAAAACUGGAACCAAAUAUAUGCAAAGUUUAUGAGUUCUCUUUUAGGUGCGAAAAUUAAAAGCAAUCGACAUAAAAGACUGAUGACAAAAUUAUUUUAAAUUUGUUUGACCUGAACGCUCGCGCAAGUAGAGGAAGCAACAUGUUAAGAAAAAGCUAAUUUGAAUAAUCAAAAACAUGUUUAGAUGCUCUGUACAUCACAAACUAUUAAAUUAUGGGCUAACAAAAAAAAACAAAUUUGAUUGUGAUAGUUCUACUACAGAAUUGUAAAAACUGAAAAAUAGGAAGAGCAUAAAAUCUAUAUUCAUUUAUUUCGCAUUACGAAACGAUCAAAAUCGAACCAUUGUAUAAUAUUCGUAAUGCAAUAAUAUCUAAGGAAUUACUUCUGCUAAAUUGAUUGAAACAAGUUGGGAAUCAUCACCUUUUCAACUCUACUUAGUUUUUAAUUUUAUUUGCUUUAUUUUUUUUUAAUUUCUAGUGACAGUGGGAUGUGUAUUUCGUUCGUUUUAUAUUUAGACUGGAUAACUAACCACUACUACUUAGCCGCCAGUGCUGUUGUCGAACACGUGUUACUGCUAAGUUUCAGUUUUCCGUUUCUUUCAAAACGGCAAAGAGGAAAUGUUUAUCAAGAAUACAAACCAUAUCAUUUUAUUUUCUAAGGUUGGGUUUCAACGAUGAACGCUUGAGUUUGAAAUUUUGUUUAGUUAGUGCUAACCGUCAAAUUAGAACUAUAAUUUAGUUGUUUCUUAUUGAUUGAGCUUCUGAUUUCUGUACUAAUUUUUAAGAUGUUGAAUGCUGAAUCUGACUAAGUUAUUCUUAAUUCAGUCAAAUGAACCCGAAAUAGUCGCUUACCGGAGUUGAUUUUAGCUUCCGAUUUGCAUGUAAUCAUCAUGCAAAAAUCUAUUUCGAUAAUCUACAGAUUAGGUUUUCAAGUGAAUUAAGAACACAACGUAAUCAAAAAUGCGUAAAGGAACAUCACUCAUCAUGUUCCAAUGAAAGUUAUCUAAAGAGAAUUUAUUUUUAUUUUACAAUGAAUAGACACUAAUGCCUACUAACAAUAAUACAAUUGAAUGGUAGAAACCGACAAUAUUGUACCUUGUGCAAUUAGAGUUAUAAGGAAUGAAUUAAAAAAUUAAAAAUAAAUUGAUAAAAAAAUAUUAUACUGA